AUGGAAAUGAAGUUUUGUUUGUUAGCAAUAUUUUGGACAUGUAUCAGAAUGAUCCAAGGUGAAGUGUUCUCGUCUAUACAGCGAGUCGAGACGUUAUAUGAAGAAGAGGGGCGCCUCGCACGCGCUCUGAAGAGGUACGCAGAAAUUAGUGAGAAGAAUGGAACACACGUGGGUGACAACAUCACAAAGUUUAUUGAAUAUGUUCACAAACAACGUUCAACGGUUACUGAUGCUGGACGAUGGGUUGGUCACCCAGUCAAUGUUCUCCGACUGUUACUCAGGGUGACUGACGACUGGGAGCAUGUGUUUGAUGAAGUAUUCUGCGACGACUGUCUGGAAACUUAUGCUGUAACUGAUUUACGGAUAUCGAAGAAGAUUGCUGGGAACGUUGUUAACAGUUGGCCAACAAAACGUGACAUCCUUGGGGCAGUUCGAGGACUACUCCGAAUCUGGCGAGUCUACCAACUAGAUCUGCCACAACUUUUCAACGGCACAAUACUUAAUGAGAAAACAGACCCUCUGUCUUGGCGGGAAAUGUUAGUAGUUGCUAAAGAAUCAAUAACUAUGGGCAUGUAUUUUGACGCUAUAACCUGGAUGACGUCAUUAUUGGAGGCUAAUGGUAAAGGGGAGUUAACUCUAGAGACAAAGUUUGAGGAGAAAAUCUUACGCAAAACACUGGCAUCUGCAUAUUACCAGGCUGGAAUGCCAUGGAAAGCAGUUGAAGUUCUAGAAAAAUUAGAUCCAACUGAAAGAGGAAGCAAUUACAAAUUUUAUAAAACCCGCACAGCUGCACUGCCCUCAGGAACACCCCGUGAUGACUUACGUCCUCCAAAGCCUACCGACAAAUACCAGACUACAUAUGAGGCGCUGUGUCGUGGACCAUUGAAGUCCACGAAAAUGCAAGCCAAAUUAAAGUGUUUCUUGAAGAAAACACGGAUUUUAUUUGACAUGAUUCAAGCAGAAAUUGUUCACUUAAAACCUAUCAUUGUCAUCUACCACAAUAUCAUUUCUAAAAGUGAGAUUGAAUUUUUACGUACAGCCGGAGAAAAGUCCUUCACAUUUUCAAAAAUUUAUUCUGGACGUGGACUGCACGUCAUGGCCAACACACGAGUCAGUCAGACAGCUUGGCUGAAAGAUACUGACCACCCAACGUUGCUUCGUCUUAACAGGCGUAUAGCCAUCGUCACAGGGCUUGACACAACCUUCCGCGAUUAUCUUAGCAGCGUGGAACGAUACCAAGUGAUUAAUUAUGGAGUGAGCGGGGAAUACGGUCCUCAUAACGAUCACUUAGGUAAACCUUUGUGGGUUAGCAAUGGAAUUCCUGAGGUAGCGGAAGUCACCGAUUCUGGUGACAGAAUAGCCACGUGGAUGUUUUAUUUAAGUUCUGUGACAGCAGGUGGCGCCACCGUGUUUCCGCUGUUAAAGGCACGUGUCCCAGUAACUGAGGGAUCUGCCGUAUUUUGGUAUAACACUCUGCCAAACGGAUCUGCAAAUAGGAAAAUGAUGCAUGCAGGCUGCCCGGUACUUUUAGGAUCCAAAUGGGUCGCCAACAAGUGGAUCCGACAACAUGGACAAGUUCUAAAAACGCUCUGCAGCAAGACAGAAAAAGCUAAUUUCGAGAUCGGCAACAUUUGA